AUGGAGGUGGCGGUGGAGGCAAUGGAGGGGGUGGGGGUGGUGGUGGGAGUGGUGGCGGGGGUGGAGCUGUCGGUGGCAGCAGUGGAGGCGGAGGAGGCGGCGGUGGUGGCGGUGGGAGCGGAGGCGGCGGAGGUGGCGGAGGCGGUGGCGGCGGUGGCGGCGGCGGUGGAGCUGGUCGCGGCUCUGCACAGAGGAGUGGCUCCGGUGGUGGUUAGCGCCAGCAGCAGCAGCGCACUCGUGAGACCCCGUCCCCCCAGCAGCUUCGUGAGUGGUACGCUGGGCAUCAACGAGUGCGGGGGCUCGCACUCCACCCAGUGCUACUUCGGCCGCCUGACGGAUGCUUGGCGUCACCAGUUCCCUGUCGCCACUGAGAUCCCUCGCUGGGGAGAGCUGUCUAGGGCGGGGGUUGCUAUCUUUGAUCUUGACUCUGAUGCUAUUCUUGCUGCCAGAUAUGCUGUGUCUACUAGUGAUGAGGGUGACUGUUACCUGUGUGUUCCGCCUGACCCGGGCAUUGAGGCUGCUGCUCUAGGUGCUGGUGAGGCUUCUGCUCUAGGUGCUAGUGCGUCUGCUGCCCCAGGUGCUGGUGAGUCUGCUCUCUCAGGUACCACGUCGGCGCAGGCCUUACACACCUUCACCCUUGACUCGGGUGCUUCCCGCUCCUUCUUUCGAGACCGCACCACGCUUACGCCACUUAGUCGGCCGGUUGCGGUCUCCCUGGCGGACCCCUCUGGGGGUCCUGUCAUUGCUAGGUUCUCCACUGUCUUACCGUGUCUGGCAGCCCCCUCUGGCACCCUAUCAGGUCUUUACCUCCCCUCGUUCUCUACGAACUUGAUGAGUGGUGCUGAUCUACAGGAUCGGGGGGUUGACCUGUUCACUGCUGUGAGUCAGCGGGUGACCCACUGUAUGUGUGCUCGGACGGGCCGACACUUGGCCACGUUUACCCGUCGGCCGGGGUCGAGCCUGUACACACUGACUACUGAGUCUCCUCCGGUUGCUGCGUCUGGUCAAGUAGAUGCGUCGAGUCAGGUGUCUGCUGCAGCGUCCAGGUCUGGUCUUGAGUCUGCUCCCUACUCGUGUCGUCUCCUGUCCCACCAGACUCUCCUUUGGCACCACCGACUUGGCCACCCCUCCCUGCCUCGUCUCCGAGGCAUGGCCUCCCGUGUCCUUGUCUCUGGUCUCCCCCGGUCCCUCCCUCCCCUCCCUCCGGGGCCUGCCCCUACCUGCGUUCCCUGCGUCGAGGGGCGGCAGCGCGCCGCCCAUCACUCCUCCGAGUUUCCUCCGACAGAGGCUCCCCUGCAGACUCUUCACAUGGACGUGUGGGGCCCCGCCCGCGUCCGUGGCCAGGGUCACGAGCGUUACUUCCUGUUGGUGGUUGACGACUACUCGCGUUACACCACGGUGUUCCCCUUGCGCAGCAAGGGUGAUGUCACUGAGGUGUUGAUUGACUGGAUCCGCGCAGCUCGUCUCCAACUCAGAGAGAGUUUUGGCUCGGACUUUCCUGUUCUGCGUCUGCACUCUGACAGAGGCGGGGAGUUUUCCUCUGCCCGUCUGGGAGCCUUCUGUUGUGCACAGGGCAUCCGCCAGACCUACACGCUUCUGGCCUCUCCACAGCAAAAUGGGAUUAGUGAGCGCCGCAUUGGCAUGGUCAUGGACGUCGCUCGUACGUCCAAAAUCCAUGCGGCUGCUCCCCAUUUUCUGUGGCCGUUUGCGGUUCAGUACACAGCGCAUCAGCUCAACCUUCAGCCCAGGGUCUCCUUGCCAGAGACAUCCCCCACCUUGCAGUGGACAGGGAAGGUUGGCGAUGCGUCUGCGUUUCGGGUCUGGGGAUCUCGGGCGUUUGUCCGCGACUUGUUUGCGGACAAGCUGUCCCCCCGUGCUGUUCCCUGCGUCUUCCUUGGCUUCCCCCCUGAGGCGCCUGAUUGGCAGUUUUACCACCCCACCUCGCGCCGUGUUCUGUCCUCCGAGGACGUCACCUUUGACGAGUCGGUGCCUUACUACCGUCUCUUCCCCUACCGCACUGCGCCCCUCCCCCCGCCGCCGCUCUUCCUUGCGCCAGGUCCCCCCCUGGUAGACCCUCUCCCCCCUCAGGGUCCUGCCCCGUCAGGUGUGUCCGAGGUAGACACAGUCGAGCCUGUCGAGGUAGCUGUUGACUCUGGUGCUGCUAGGGGUGCUGAGCCUGCGGAUGCUGGGUCUGGGGGUGCUGAGCGUGGGGGUGCAGAGCCUGGGAGUUCUGAUUCUAGGGGUGCUGAGCCUGCGGGUGCCGGGUCUGGGGGUGCUGAGCCUGGGGGUGCGGAGCCUGGGGGUGCGGAGCCUGGGGGCGCUGGGUCUGCUUCGUCGAGGCGGGAGCUACUCUCUCUGCAGGAGCUGCGCGAGUGGUUUGCCCGCCGCUGGAGCCAUGCUGCUGGAGCUGGAGGUACUACUGUUGCUGCUGGUCUUGGAGGUGCUCGUACUGGCAGUACUGGAGCUACUGGGACGGGGGUUGCUUCUGGGGCUACUGGAGUUAGUCUUCCUGGAGCUGCUGGCGGUACUGGAGCUGACGCUCCUGCGGGAGUUGGUGCUGCUGGAGCUGCUGGAUCUGCUGGAGCUGGAGCUGCUGGGGGUGUUGGCGCUGGUGGUGCUGCUGGAGCUGGUGCGUCUGAAGGUGCUGGAGUUGGCGCUGUUGGAGGUGGAGGUGUUGCUGGCGCUGGUGCUGCCACUCGGGGUACUGGUGCUGUCCCUGCUGGUUCUGGAGGCGCUGCGCGGCCAAGGCCGUACUUCGUUCCGCUCCUUGAGCAGGUUCUUGGUCUCCCGCCCUCUACUGGUCCUGCUCCUCCCUUAGAGUGUCCACAGCCUGUCCAGCCGCGGUCACAGUUACGGCCCGCCUCCCCCCUACCUGCUCCUUCUCCCUACACUGGUCCUUCUGGAGGUCUUGCUGAGCGACGUGAGCCUGCGUCUCGUCCUGCGUCGCCUGUUCCUGCUGCUCGCACUAGUGGUCGUGCUCCGCGUCCGCGUCCUCCUGCGAUCCCCGGCACACACCAGAUGGCACUGCGUCCUUCCACUGCUCCUCUGCGUGUCCCGUUGUUGUCUCCUCCAGAGUCCUCUCUUCCUACUCUUGCUGACCCGGAGUCUGACUCUCUUCGUACUGCCAAUCCUACUGUCACGCGUCUCUUGGCUACUGUUGUCACUGACCCUUCUUUUGAGUCCACUGCUGCGUCUGCCUUAGUUGCUGAGCUUGUCGACUUCAUUGCUCACUGUUGUCUAGACUACGCCGCGAGUCUUCUUGCUGAGUCUGAGUCUGUCUGUCCUCCGUCCGUUGGGGGUGAGUGUGCUCCUAGCACGGACAUCCUUGCGGACAGGCAGGAGGAGUUCCAGUGUUUUGCUACUGCUUUGCCUCAUCUCGUGUCCACGCUGAUUGCCCCUGAGGGAGACACGGAUGCACCAGACAUCCCGACUCCUCGAUCGUACGCUGAGGCGAUCGAGGGUCCCUACUCCUCACAGUGGGAGUCAGCCAUGGACGCAAAGAUGGCUUCCUGGAAGUCCACAGGCACCUACGUUGACGAGGUUCCCCCACCUGGGGCGAACAUCGUCAGUGGCAUGUGGAUUUUCAGGGUGAAGCGGCCGCCGGGCUCUCCGCCUGUCUUCAAGGCGCGCUACGUGGCUCGAGGCUUCAGUCACCGGCAGAGAGUUGACUACUUUCAGACCUUCUCUCCCACCCCGAAGAUGACCACUCUUCGGGUACUGCUGCACAUAGCCGCUCAGCGCGACUACGAGCUUCACUCUCUUGACUUCAGCACAGCUUUCCUGCAGGGCAGCCUGCACAAGGAGAUCUGGCUGCGCCGCCCACCUGGCUUCACUGGGUCGUUUCCUCCUGGUAUCCAGUGGAGCCUCCGGCGGCCAGUCUACGGUCUCCGCCAGGCGCCCCGUGAGUGGCACGACACACUGAGGACUACACUUGCGGCUCUUGGGUUUGCUCCGUCUACUACCGACCCGUCGCUGUUUCUGCGCACCGACACCUCUUUGCCGCCGUUCUACAUCCUCGUGUACGUCGACGACUUGGCCUUUGCCACAGCUGACACUGCUGGACUCGCCCACGUGAAGUCCGAGCUGCAGAAGAGACACACGUGCACAGACCUGGAGCACAUGGCUGCAACGAAGAGGGUGUUGCGCUACUUGUGCAGUACGUCGGGCAUGGGGCUAGUGCUUGGAGGGCGACGUCCAGUGGUCCUCACAGGUCACGCAGACGCUUCUUGGGCUGACGACCAGGCUACGCAGCGGUCGUCACAGGGUUACACCUUCAGCCUUGGCUCCGGCUCUGUUUCGUGGCGGUCUACCCGCUCGUCUUCUGUUUUCGGCUCCAGCUGUGAGGCUGAGAUCUACGCGGGGGCCAUGGCUGCACAGGAGCUACGCUGGCUCACCUACCUGCUAACUGACCUAGGAGAGCCGCCUCGUUCUCCUCCAGUUCUGUACGUAGACAACAAGGCCAUGCUGGCCUUGUGUCGGGAGCACAGACUGGAGCACAGAACGAAGCACAUGGCUCAUCGCUACUUCCUUGCUCGUGAGCUGCAGCAGCGUGGUCAGCUGCGCCUUGCUUACGUGGCCUCUGAGGCCAACACCUCUUAUAUCUUUACCAAGGCACUUCCGCCUUGUGAUCAGCAACGCUUCCGUACGAUGCUAGGUCUUGGGCCUACUUGGCCUCACUUGCUCACUUCUUGA